GUUAGCCGAUUAGCCUCUUCGAUGUCACAACUUUUCAGUUUUAUUGUAUGAUAGAUAUUCCUAUGCAUUAAUUUGGUUUUAAGGAUAGGUCUCUAUCACCCAAUUUAAGAUCAUGGCUAGUCCAUUGCCGAACACUGCAAGUAUUGAUGGAGUUGAGAGCAUGAUGUUGCCCUUGUCAGAAUGCACUCAACUUAACAACGUGGGUGACGUCUCAGCUUUGGAUUUCCGUAAGCUCUCACCCUCUCAAUUUGGAAUCUCUGCCCAGAGCUUCAGCCCCUCAUUGGCAAAAACCAAAGAUAAGUCCCGUCUGGUUCAGCUAAAAGAAAGGAGGAGGUCCAGUGUUGGUGUCCACGGCUCCCCAGAGACAAAUUCCCUUAUAUGCUUCAUGGCACGGCACAGAAUGAAAACUCAAAUAACUCCCAACACACCAGAGGCCCUCAGAGACAGUCCCUUACUUCCACAAGCCUCCCCCACGCUGAAGCACAAGAUGGCCUCCUUCUGGAGCUUGAUGGAUGUGGAGAAAAGUGAUAGCUGUGAUGCAGAGCCAGGGAAGAACGACGAGACUAGCAGAUGCAUCAAGACAGAUUAUCUGUCUGAUGUUAAAAGUCUUGAUGGUGGGAAGGAGAACUCCCCACCCCCAGUGACGCGUAGACCAAGCAAGAGGAGGUGCAUGUACCUCACUGGGGACUGUGUUGGGGAGAUUAGGGAGGCCAGCACCUCUAUCCUCACACACAUCAGUGUGAUGGAGCAGCAGCAGUUGAAGCAUAACUCUACCAUCCAAACUGCGAAAAUUAAACAGGUUGAUGAAGAACAAGUGCCCCAGGUUGUAAAGCUGGGAACAAAGCCAUCAACUGAGACAGCCCACAUUGCGUUAUGCUGCCCAAACCUCAUCUCUGAGGCACAGACACCCACGUCCUGUGAACUGCAACUUGGUUCCCCCAACAAGAACCAGCAGGUUUCCUUUGGACUCCAAAGCCCUAGCCAGCUGCAGACUGAGAACCGGGCAGUAGGUCAGCCAGCUCCGUCCCUGCGCUCUUUCCCUGUGCCCUCCUGUCUCCCUUCUCUGCUGGAGAUGAAGCCCACAGGGGAGAGAAACUCCGAGAACUCCACCGUGAAGAAGAAGCGGGUACACUUUGGAGGUCCUCUCUCUCCCGAGUUGUUUGACAAGCACCUGCCCCCCAGCACCCCACUGCGGAAAGGGGGCACGCCAAUUCGAGCACACACCCCAGGCAGAGACUCCCAGCUACAAUCCCUGCUAAAGACACCCCAGAGGAUUGAGACCCAAACCCCAAUAGCCAAGUUCAACUUCAGCAGCCCUGUCGACUUUGGAGCCUCACCUCCACUUUCAAUCCAACACAAUUACAGAGUGCAUUCUGUUGGAGAGGAUGAUGAAGAGAUGUCUGAAAAGAUUCCUUUCCCUUCAAUGGAGGAGAUCAACUGCUUGAUCGCAGAUGCCACAGAGGGCAUCGAGGAGAUCCAGCCAUUGGAUUCAAACACUGCUUUUCAAGAGGAAUCCCUUUCCGGGACACUGACAGAUUCUGUCCCAUGUUUUGAGGCCUUACCGAGUGCACUCUACCAAACUGAUGGCCAGGAGGAACCUGAAUCCCUACCAAAAACAGAGACUGAGCCGGAGUCUAAAGUUCCAGCCCGCUCCAGAAGUAGAAAGAGAAAGCAACCAGAGGAGAGCAAACCUGUGCUGAGGUCAAAACGCUCUGCUGCCAUGUCUGCCUCUGAGAUGAUGAAGCCAACCAGAGUAAAGCGACAAUGGGGAGCUAAGGACGUGGACCGUUCACUCUAUGGCCCCAGGGCGUAUGCCUCCAAGAACCCCAACCUCAGCCCCAUAGCAGAGAGACGGUCCUCUAAAACACGGCAACCACUCACCAGAAGAACCACAGAUGAAUACCAGGUGCUAUGUCUAUCUCUUCCCUCUUCAGGAGAAGUUCUCAUGAGUGACCACAUCACUGGGCUCCUGGGGGCUGCAGCGCUGCUCCGCUCACCAGCCAAUAUCAUCAAUCAGAAGACAGAACACACGAUACCCACAGUCCCCAGAGAAACUCCCUCAGAUGCCCCUGUGACAUCUACUGCCCCCGGCAAACAGAGAGCAAUAGAUAAGUCUAGCAGGUGUUCAAGACCCAGGCAGAGCGCCAGCUUCACAACAGAGAGUCAGAACAGCGCACUGGUCAGAGGGAGAGUGCAAAAGGGCAGCAAGGUCAAUGUCUAUGCUAAAGACUGGCUCAGUGAGGAGUUACAGGAGCAGCAGGAAACUGGAGUAAAGAAAGCUGAGCAUAGUGAGGACCAAAUAACAGAAAACUUGCAGGCAGACCUGCCCACUGUCAUUGUACUGGAGAAUGGUGGAGAGCCCCGGCCCCUUGUAAAUACAUCUUUUACAGACACAAAUAAAAAUGCAGAAGUGUGUACACACCUAGGUUUACCCACCACAGCCUGUCCACCUAUAGAAGAAGAAAUAACCAACAUUGGGAGUGUGACAAAAGAGAAUUUGUCAAAGCAUGUUAAAUCUGCACAGAGUAAAGCAAAGUCUGAUAGGGCAGCCAGGGGUAGGUCCAGAGGCAGGAGGAGUUCUGCAAACAUCUCCAUCUCAAAGGAGACAGAGGUGCAGGAAAGCCAGGCAGAAGAGUACCUAAUGGGCCACAAAGCCCAGAAGGAGGAACCAAGUGAUCCAGCAAGCCAACUGGAAAACAGCCAUCGGCCCAGUUCUGAUGGCCAGGCCAACAUUGGGAGUUUGACAAAAGAGAAUUUGUCAAAGCAUAUUAAACCUGCGCAGAGUAAAGCAAAGUCCGAUCGGGCAGCCAGGGAUAGGUCUAGAGGGAGGAGGUGUUCUGAAAACACCUCCAUCUCAAAGGAGGGAGAGGCACAGGAAAGCCAGGCAGAGGAGUACCUAAUGGGCCACAAAGCCCAGAAGGAGGAACUAAGUGAUCCAGCAAGCCAGCUGGGAAACAGCCAUCAACCCAGUUCUGAUGGCCAGGCAAAAGAGACAGCUGACCAAGCCCUCGCUCCCUGGCAGGCUGAAUUUAACAUUGAUGAUAUAUUUAAGCCUGUAGCCACUAGAAAGCAGCGCUCAGUCCGCCGUAGUUUAAGGAACUUGAACAACAUGGAUCAAGGCAGUGACACAGGCUUAGCCUGGCUCCCCUACAUCUCUCCUGAUGGAAUCAGGGAGAUCUGCAGGCGAACCCAGCACCGACAGCCCAGAGCCACCCUGCUCCUUUAGCAACUGCUCCCAAAGAAGACUGACUGGCGAACACCUCUAACAACCACAACACACCGAGCUAACUGAGCUGGGCCAAACUAUCUUAGCAGGGUGUCCACCCAUCUGAUUGACUUAGCUGCUCUGCAAAUCAGUUUUAUCAGUAAGUCUUGUAAAUUGAUCUUGAAAAGAUGAAAGUUUUGUGUUUGCUUUAUUGGUCAAGAUGCAAGAGGGAUUUUUUAAUAAGUUAUUCACAUUUAUAUAUACCUCCCCUGUCUGUUUUUUUUCUUCCAAAGAACAAUAAAUCCAAGUAUUGUGUGUUUUAUGGCCGA